AUGAAUCUUCAUUUCAGCUUUUUCGUAAUACUGUUCGUCGACGGACAAAAUUCUAAUAAAGAAUUAAAAUGUUCGCCUAAAAAUCGUCAAAAACUUCAUAUCCGGGGUACAAUAAGUGUGAGGGGUGUAUUAACCUGUCACACGUUUCGAUGCAAUCUCGAUGGUCCAUAUUAUGUUAGUAUUCUUGACGAUUAUCUUCUUCCGGCUGCUAGACACCAAUUUGGUCAACACUGGCGCUUACAGCAGGACAAUGGUCCUUAA